AAUAUAUUUGUUUUUUUCUGAUUGUUUUGUCUGUUGUUGGGUCGGUCGGUGCACUCACGAAAAAAUCAUCAUACCACAUUUUCGUUGUUGUUAACAAAAAAUUCCAUCACACAAGACCAAAAAAAAGAAAACGACCAUAUUUUUUCAUCAUCAUCAUCAUCGAAUGCUUUGUUCGACCAGAGAACUUUAUGUUUUUUCGAUUUUUUUCACAUAAAAUUUGUCUUGACUUUUGAGUAAAAAUUCUUUCGAAUCUGAUUUUAAAUUGAAACCAAAAUUUCCAUCAUCUGAAUCACUAGUCGAAUUCGAAAAUCAUAAAUGUUUCGAAUGAUUUGAUCUCAUUGAAAACAGCAACAUAAAACAAAAAUGAAAAAAAACGACGAACAUGGCAUUAGUGAAUCGUUUUGAACAGGAAGAUCCGCCAACAUUAUUGAUACAGCCAAAUCAGUUUAUUUCAUCAACAACAUCGACAUCAAAAUUAACAUCAUCAUCAUCAUUACUAUUAUCAUCAUCGGCAUCAUCAUUGACAUCAUCAAUAUUUGGAACAAAUCUAAAUCUAAAUAAUUUAUCUAACGAGACGAAAUACUAUCUAUUUGGUACAUUUACAAUUUGUACAUGGACAUAUUCAUCUGAUCCAAACAAUAUGGAUGAUGAUGAUGAUGAUGGUGAAAACAAAGAUGAAGACGGCAACAACAAUGGUGGCGGCGGUGACAACAACGAUGAUUGUAAAUAUAGUAAAGAUGAGAAUAAAUAUCGAAUUCCAACCACACCAUGUCGUUGUGUUAUGUAUCGUAAUAAUUUAUUGGAACAUUUAUUGACAUUUUUGGAUAGAAAAAAGAAUGAAAAAAAUGAUAAUGAAGAUUUAGAAGAAGAAGAAAAUGAUGAUGAUGCGGAUAAUUAUAAAUCUAUUUUCAAAGUAAAAUGUGAUCUUUGUUCACAUUCAUUAGAUCAACAUUUGCAAUAUUUUCGUUCAUCUAAACCAUCAUUAUUCGAUGGCAAUAAUAUAGCUAUAUUGGAUGAUUAUCUUUAUAAAGCUGUCGAUAGUUUCCAUUUGAUGUGUCUGUAUAGUCAAGCAACUUUAUUCCAGAAACGGCCAUUAUUCACUAUUUAUAAUCUAAUCAAUGGCUAUCUAUGCAAUUAUGUUGAUGUUGAAUAUAAUUAUCGCCAGCCACCAUUUGAAAUGCCCACUAUUGAACAAUUAUUGAAUUCGAUCGCUAAUAAUAAUAAUAAUAAUCAUGUUGUUGGUGAAAAUAUGACCGUACGGAAAUAUUCUGAAAUUUUUCUUCGCCUGUUUGAUCGUCAUAAAUUCCAAUCAAUCAGUAUUGAUCGUACCCAAGAACAAUCGGAACAGUUGAAAAUAUUUAAAGAAUUAUUUCUGGUAUUUUGUUUGCUGCCACGAACGAUUAAAUCACUAAAAGAAUAUCGACCAUCAGAAAUAUUUGGCCGUUCACAUUUAUUAUCAAUAAUCGAUAUUUUACGUCAAGAUUUUGAUAAACACAUCCACAUUGAUGAUGAAAAUUAUCAAAUAUUUCGCAAUCUAAUCAUUACUGAAUGUCCAUUCAUAACGGAUUCAGAUAAUAUGAAUUCAAAUUCAUCUAAUGCAGCUAAUCAAAUUAACGUUACGCCAUCUAUGGAUGAUCGAAGAUCUAAAUCACCUCAUAAUUCUUCAAUAACAUCGUCAAGAUUACGUCGUCAUAGUUUAGAUUAUAUACUGACUGAUGGUAUUCGUGUUUGCGAUGUAGAACGUUUAUAUCAACAUCAGAAUGAAAUAUUUGAUCGUUGUAGCUGUGUACGUACUAUAACAUUUGGAUCGCCAUCGAUUGUUGGCGGUGGUGGUGGUGGUGACGAUUCAGCAGCUAUACGUAAUGAAGAUUUAAUAUUUAUUCGAAUUGAUCCAUUAACAUUUGAACCUGCUAAUGCUUUAAUGGAAAUCAAACAUUUUAUUGUACGUAGUGCUGCUAUAUUAAUCAAUGAUCGUCUAAAACGAAUGGGUUCGAUGAAUGUACGGGAUAAAUUAUUCUCAGAUAAUGUUACAACAUUAGUAUUGAUACAUAGACCAACUGGUCGUUUAUUAGCAGUGUUGACAUAUGAUUUUCGUCCAAUAGAAAAUCUUGGUGAAUUAAUAUUCUUGGUUGUUAGGCCUAAAUAUCAACGUCGUGGUUAUGGUUCAAUGUUAUUAUCAAUAAUGUCAAAAAUAAUUAUACCGAAUUGCGCUGAAUAUGCUGUACAUGCUGAUUUAGGUGCCAUUGAAUUCUAUAGACGUAUUGGUUUUGUUCAAGAAAUGAAUACAAAAGAAAUUCAACGUUUAGAACGAUUUAUGGGCCAAUAUACUGGUUCAAUAUUGAUGCGUGUUAAUCGUACGACAAUGAUAGAGAAACUGCGUAAUUUAACAUUAACAUCGGUUGAAUUAAUCACGCUUGACGAUAUUCAACCAACAAGAUCGCAUUGUCCAAUUCAUAUUGGUCUAAAAUCGACAACAUUACAACAUCAUCCUGGUGAGAAUAAUAAUAAUAAUAAUAAUAAUAAUAAUAGUAAAUUAAAUGAAAUUACUGAUGAAGAAUUACGAACAUUUCAUCAUACAAUACGUGAACAUUUUGCACCAUUAAUGGUGGCCACACAAAAUGAUCGUGAUUCAUUGGCCGAAUCACGUGGUUUUGUUAAACGUUUUUUUAAUGAUUAUAAUAAUUUAUUUUCAUUGAAAGAAUAUAAUCCUGAUUUAAUGAAUAUCGAUCUAUUACGUAUACUGUAUUAUCGUUUAUUAUGGUUUAUUGCACACUGCCAAUGGAAAUAUAGACGUGAUGAUAAAUUGACUAUUGCAAGAAAAGCUGAAUGUCAUUUGAAACGUUUAAUGGUAUUUAAAUUUGGUAUUGAAGAAAUGUUUUGAACAUAAUGGAAAAAAAUAUAUAUAUAAUUCAUAUUCAUAUUUGUUGUGAUCUCACUUGGUCUUUUAUUUU